GUGGCCCUGCCUACCAAGAAUUGAUUAAGCAAAUUCUUGGGAAAAAUUAAUUAAUUAGAACAUCAAGAACUAAAGCCCUUUCCCCUCUCUCUCCUCUUUUCUCUUCCUUCUUUUUCUUCCUUCUUUUUCUUCCUUCUAUCCCUCUCUUCCAUGCCUGUUUUGUCCUGGUUUGUUUCUGCAAAUUAAACAAUAUGUAUCCCCUCAUGAACUCGAAUGGGUAUGACCAAUUCGUUGCUCCUAAAACAUUAGAUAAGGCUUCAUCUCCACCAUAUUCUUACCCUCAUUUAUUACCCUAUGGUUAUGGUACUAUGCCACCACCAAGACAACAACUUCCUCCACCAUAUGGAUCUCCUGAGGCUUCUGUAUAUAUUCAAAGAGCUCCUAUUGGAAUAACCAAACCUAUGCAAGAGACAACUUGGUCAACAAACAUUCUUGCAUGUUAUAGAGACCCCAAAAAUUGUCUUACGACAUGUGUUUGUCCAUGCAUAACAUCCGGGCAAAUUGCAGAAAUUGUGAGUGAAGGACGAACGUCAUGCAUGGAAGGAGUGAUAAUAAACUUGUUGCUCUGUUGGUGUUUAGCUACACCCCUUUACACUUGUUACAACAGGGUUAAAUUGAGAAGAAAAUUUAAGUUGGAAGGGAACGGAUGUCUUGAUUUCCUUAUUCAUUUAGUUUGUCCUUAUUGUGCCUUAUGUCAAGAAUAUCGUGAGCUUCAUCGUCAGGGAUUUGACCCUAGCCUUGGAUGGGCAGAAAAUAUUGAGCGACAAAGCCAUGCUGUUGCUGUUUUCACGAUCACUCCACCUCCGAUUCAAGAAGCCAUGAAGAGAUAGAUAACAUUUCAAAUAUUUUUGAUCAGUUAAUUGUCAAGAUAAAACCAGCUAGACCUCGGUUUGCGUUGACUAAUGCUGCUAUCUUCAAAAAUUUCUUCUAAGCAGCUUGGUUUUUGUGGUCAAAGCUGGCAUGUCCACGGCUAGUUUUAAUUUUUUCCUCACUAUGGGUGGAUUCUCAAAUAGCUUGUGAUCACAAGAACUAUCCACUUGAUUACCUUCUUGAAUUAGGAUUAAAAACAAUUUUGGAUUUGCAUAUACUUCCCACUUCAAGUAGAAAGAAAUUGAUCUCAAAUAUAUAUUUUGCUAUGGAAAUUUAAGAAAAUUACUAACAUUGGGCAUAAAGUCAAGGAAGAGAUCUACAAUUAGUUUUCUCUUUGU